AUGUACCGCGACGCAGCUGAAUGGCAAAACUACUCCUCCAUGUUUCACCCUGGCGCGUACAUUACAACAUCAUGGACCCAAGGUCGUCUUGAUGACUUCGUCGCUUCUUCAAAAGAGGGAUUCGAGGGACAGACACCCCACGGUCCUUUCCCUUAUAUCCUGCAUAGAAUCUGUGGGCAAACGAUUGACAUCCAGGGUGAUCGCGCGAUUAGCAAGAUGAAGGUUACAAUUACGUGUCGUAUCAUGCGGGAUGACAUUGAGAUGGACAAUGAAGCUGACACCCGCUUCUUUUUCUUCUUGUCCAAGAAUGGGCAGGGAAGAUGGGGUGUGGAUUUCAUGACUCUGCUUUUCGACAAGGACAAGAUGGUACCUGUUGUUCCUGGCAAGGCGUUUGAGAUACCGGAGAACGAAGCCAAGCAGUAUCCGAGUGGAUACCGGUAUCUGGCGUGGGCGGAGAGCAAGGCGGCAAGGCCACCGAAGAUGGACUUGAAUGCGCAUAGACCAGAAAGAGAUAUCCUGUAUGCCAAGUGUAAGAUUUGGUUGGAGGGAGGGGAGGUAAAACCUAACCUUACAGGACAUGAUGUUGUGCAAUACUAG